AACUGGAUUCUGUGGAAGGUGUUUGCAGUAUAAAAAUGUAUCUGCAGAACUGUGAAAAAGGGGAAGUGAAAAAUUACCUCAUCAUAGUGGGAGAAACACAUGAACACAUGAACGAGACUCGCCCACUGGUAAGCCCCCGCAAUUGUCAGAAUAGUGAAGAUGACGAAUUACCAGCCCUUUGGCCGGGGAGCCCCCUUCUCUUGUUUUCUGGUAUAUAUGCAGCUGCAGUGCCAGGGCACUCACACACAGCAGGGAACCUGACAGACAGACAGACUACCAACCGGUCUCCAGCCAUACCUUGACCUCCAGCCAUACCUUGACCUCCAGCCAUACCUUGACCUCCAGCCAUACCUUGACCUCCAGCCAUACCUUGACCUCCAGCCAUACCUUGACCUCCAGCCAUACCUUGACCUCCAGCCAUACCUUGACCUCCAGCCAUACCUUGACCUCCAGCAUGUCUGCUUCUCGCCUCUCUCUGCUGCCUGUGCUCUUCCUGCUGAUGGGGGCCAUCACACUGAGCCAAGGGCUCCGUAUGAAUGCACCUAGGAAGUGCUGCUUCAGCUUCAUCAACAGUCAGCCCAAACAUCCAGUGGUCAGCUUCACCAGGACCAGCCAACACUGCUCCACCCCUGCCGUGCUGCUGAAGAUAAAAACUGGUCGCCAACUGUGUGCCCGCCCAUCUGACAGUUGGGUGGUGAAGACCAUCAGCUUCCUGGACAACAAGAACACUGGGGUCGAGACACCCCUCCAGUAACCAUGGCAGCACCAUUGGAGGGUACUGACACCCAGUGUCACCGUGGGACAGAUAAGCUAAUCGACAUACAUGACUAUAUAAUGCUGAAAAUAUUGUAUGUAUUUACCUCUGAACAGCAGAUUGUAAUUUGACUUUUGGAUAUUCAUUUGUUGUUGUUUUCUUUAAUAAUUUUGCAGAACCCUAACCUCAUGACUGUAAACAUGACAUAUACUUUACAAAUGACCUUAAUUAUCUUACUAGAUUCUUCUGAAUUAAUUAUAUACUUAAUGUUUCACUGGCUCGUAAUUGAUCGAAUCAAAGAUGUGUGUUCAAAUACAAUAAAAAAGUGCAUA